GUCAAAGUUGACCCGCGAUGAACCUGGCGACCGCCAACACGUCCGGGGCCCUGAUGGCCCCCACCAAAGUGAGUGGGGGGCCCGCCACGCCGCGGCGGGGCCCCCCCAAGUUCAAGCAGCGCCAGACGCGGCAGUUCAAGAGCAAGCCCCCCAAGAAGGGCAUUCAAGGGUUCGGGGACGACAUCCCCGGCAUGGAGGGCCUGGGCACUGACAUCACCGUCAUCUGCCCGUGGGAGGCGUUCAACCACCUGGAGUUGCACGAGCUGGCGCAGUACGGAAUCAUCUGACGGCGCCAUCAGAUGAUGGCGCCGUCAAGAUGAUGACGGCGCCGUCAAGAUGGAGCGACCGCCACCACCCCACCGGUCCCGGCCACCACCGCCACCGGCAGGCAGUGGCGGCCGGAGAGUAGCGCGCCAAGUCCCAUCAUCUCCAUCAUC